CUCUUGCACGCAUCUCGGUCAGUCGGUGCCUAGCUUUCGUAAGGGAUACACGCGCGGCGAUCGCGCUCCGUAUAAUACGAUUAAACGAUAUUCCUGAAUUAAAAUUGCAAAUUCUUGAAUAAACAUCGAAUUAUUUAUGUGUUAAAUAUAAAUAAGUAAAUUGUGGGAAGUGUUUAAAAGAAAUUUAGCGGACGCCACGUGAUUGCAAGAUUAUCCUGCACCGAUUCAACAAUAGUUCAUCACUAUCCAAAUUUUACUUCUCAUUUUAAUAAUAUUCUUUUGCAACUUUCUUCAGUACAAAAAAUAUGACUUGAUUCAAUCAUAAACUUAGUGUUGCAUUUAAGAAUAGUGUGAAGUUCAGUGUCAGGUUAUAUUGUUAGUGAAAAUUGUGCCAAUAUUCAAAAUGGAAGCAUUAGAAAGGAGGGGCAAAACGAUCGCCAUCGGCGCGAUAUUGUUCAUCGUGUUUUGGUCCCAAUGCAAAGGUGUGGAAGGCAAGAACAACACAAAGAUGUCGUACGUGUGUCCGCCCCAGUUCAUUCGGCUUGGACACAGCUGUUAUUUCUUCAGUGAGAACAAAGCCACGUGGCAGACUGCACUCUUCUCUUGUAAGGACCGAGAUAGCAGUCUAUCUGUACCGGCCCGAUGGGAAGACAGAAACUUAAGAAACUACCUCAAUAAACCAGAUGUUGAAAAGGCCAGUCGUUGGAUCGGCGGUAUCUAUGACUACGGAUCGCGAGCAUGGAAGUGGGGUGGCGAGCUUCGACAGAUGCACUAUCAAUCUUUCUCCAAAAUGAAGAAAUUGUCUCCCGAAGAGCUACAGUGGCACUGUAUAGCCAUGACUCCUGAGUUGCUGUAUAGGUGGGCACCACGCAACUGUUUUGAGCCCCGCCAAUUCAUCUGUCAGACGAAACUGAAGAAAGUUCCUAAAUCGAAACUGAAAGAACUCCGAAGACGAUACCAGAGGAUGGGGAAAAUUAACGAAAUAACUGCACCGAGCGUGAGCAGGGAAGUCGACGACCCGAGGACCAAUGACGUCACCAGUAACCCAGUGCUAAGUCCCAAGUCUUACGAUCUCCAUCCUAACCCACUUCGACGAGGAACAAAGAACCCGAUUCGCAACAAUCCGAAAGCUUACGACCUACGACCUAAUGAACUAAGGAAGAGAUCUAGACCCACCGCGCAGAGACGCCUUACAAGACCAUUCCCGGGAUACCAAUGGAACCGUCACGAUCCGGAGGGCUCUUACAAGUAUAACGCUGACAUCCUGCAAUCCGGGCGAACUGGUCUCAGCCCGCAGCAGAUCAAAGUGCACCUCUCCCGCCUGCAACACCUGCGCGACAGGCAGGUUGCACGACGCAGGCGCAUGCGCAAUAGAGACGACUGGCUUGUCAACGAAUCACAACCGGCCAUAGUACGAGCACAUGCGAAAACAUACACAUUAGACAACAACAUCAGCGCCUUGCAUCCCAAAACGAUUGUUGAAGAAUUCGACAUGAUGCCGCCGCCAGCGCCGGUCGUGCUCCCGCGACCGACCCGCGGUAUUUGGUAAUCGGUAUCCCUCAGAUUUGUUUCCGAAUGAGAUUCAGCAAGUAUUCCUUAAGUUCCUCUCACUCCAAACUUUCGCGCUUCGAAAACCUAAAUUUCUUUUAGCACUUACGCAAGCUGCUUUUUGGCUUUAUUCCGUUGUAACUUUUUAUAUUAUUAAAAAGACUACAACAUUUUCUAUUAGUUUUAAGUCUUCAAAUUACUCGCUUACUUACGCACUUUUUCGCCUUUUUUGUUAUUAUUUGUAUAAAUAGUCUUGUUUUAAUCGAUAAAGACUACGUGUGUCAUUUUUCCACAAUACCCACCCGAUGCGCAAAGAAUCUUCUUUAUGACUUAUGUUAUUUACGCAAGUAUUUAUUUUUUUAUAAAAUAUUUUAUUAUAAUAAGUACCUACUUCAAAGUGAAGUUUCGAGUGAACAUUUUAUUUACUAUAAAUCGUGUGUACUAAGUCUUAGGCUGUCGAAGUAUAAGUUAAGAUGAAUGGCUUUUUAGACUAUCUAUGAGAAUGGAUGCAGCUCUAUGUUAGACUUCUGACGUAACGAUAAUGUAGUCUCAUUGGCGUUUUGCUUUUUUUUAAACUUUUUUACUUCUAUUUGUUAAAAUUAUAUAACACACUAAACAUUAUUUUUUUCGGAAUUGUAAUCAAAAUGAUGUAGAGUAACGACCUAGUCAGUAAGAUAAUUCAAAAACGUAAGCAUUUAAGAUAAAAACAGCUUUUAACACAAAGUUAAAAAAAAUAUUGGUUCAAAUAAUUCAAAUUAAAGUAAAUAUUUAAUAUACAUGAAAAAAACAUAUUUUAAAUUUUAUUAAAUAAUAUCGCUAACAUUCUCAUUGCUUUAAGUGUAUUUAUAUAAUGUUAUAACAAUCAUAUAUGUGUCGUACUUUAUAUUGGCAUUUUACUGUGAAAUAAUAUUAAUGAAAUAAGUAUUAAUUUAAUUAUACGUUCCACUCUGUAUAUUUUUAAGGUUUAUGUAACGAAGGUGUAACUACUUGUAAUGCCAAUAUUUUAGUCCUCGCAUUUAUAAAAUAAUUAUUUGACAAGUGUAAAUUAUAAUCCCGAAUUUUGUCAUGAAUACAAUUUGUUAAAGUUAGUUCUUAAAAAAGACUUCAUUCAUUUUUUGUUUUAAAAAAGUAACUUCGUUACAAAAUAGAUUUUCUUUUUUUAAUUUUUGUGAGAUUGCAAUUAUUGUACUGUAAAACCCUAGUGAUAAUGUUAGUAUAGAUAAUUUAUCUAGAUUUUCAUGAAAAACACAAUUUCUUUUUAAAUAUAUCGUCUCUUAAUAAAUAAAUUGAAUACGCACUUGUCAUUUUAAUGUUAUAUAAAGAAAUUUAA